AUGAAGUUCACCACGACCGUCCUUGCACUUCUUUCGGCAGCAGCUGCUGUCUCGGCCACCGUGGACACCAACGAGUCUGGUCUGCACGUCCUUGGCGAGCGCUCGUUCGAGCGCAAGGCGCGCCACGUCGAGCUGUCCGCCCGCGCCGUCGACUCUUCCUCUCCCGACCUUGAGUCUCGCGACUGGGUAUCCAAGUCCGGCAAAGUCACCUGGUACGCAGGCGACCAGCUCGACAACCCUGCCUGCGGCGGGCCUACCCCCACCGACAACUCGGCCGUCGUCGCCGUCAAGAAGAACGGCGGUUACGGCAAGUGCGGCGAGACUGUCCACCUUCACUACAACGGCAAGAUGGUGUCCGCCAAAAUCGUCGACUACUGCGCCGGCUGUGAAUGGGGGCAUUUCGAUGCGACUCGGUCUGUCUUCAAGAAGCUUGCACCGCUCAGCCAAGGUGUUAUCGAAGGAAUCCACUUCAAGCUCUUCACCAAGGACUAG